UAUUGCUUCUCCUUUCUCCUCUCCUCCAAAGGCAGCAGCCACAUCCACAGCAAACGAAUAACUUGUGCAUCGUUCCUACCCGCAGGCAUGGCAAUGGAAGUAGCUUUGGCGACUUCUGCGGUUCGCUUCCUGGGCCAGAGGGUGGCUGAUCUCCUCCAACUCGACAAGAAACUCAAAGAAUUAGUUGGUAUUGAAGGGAGGAUGGAGAAACUCAAGGAGUUGUCAACAAUUAUCGACGCGGUGAUCCAAGAUGUUGAGGUCUGCUCUGUGAGGGAUGCCACUGCGAAGGACUUGCUAAGGAAGCUCAAAUACUUGGCCUACGAUCUGGAGGAUGUUGUGGAUUACUACGACACCGAAACUUUGCGGAAGCAAAGAUCAAAAGCAUAUUCCAGGCCGGUGCGCGAUUUCUUCUCUUCUAAUAAUAAUCAACUUGUAUUUAAGAGCAGGAUAAGUGGCAUGAUAAAAGCAGUGAGGAAGAAUCUAGAUUCUAUUUUGAAGCAAAAGUCCAUUCUUGAAAAUUUGCCACAAGGCACUAAUCGGAUCUCACCAAGUGCCUACAGAGAGAUCCACUCGCACAAUAGCUUGGUUGUUGUAGGGAGAGAAACAGAGAAGAAGAUGAUUGUCAACAUGUUAACGGAUGACGAAGGAAGCAGCAGUGGUACAUUGAAGGUCAUCGCCAUAGUUGGGAUGGGUGGCCUAGGAAAGACUACACUUGCUCGGCAUGUUUUCAAUGACGAGAGGGUGAAAGCUUAUUUUAGAAAGCUUAGGAUGUGGAAAGUUGUCGGUGCAGAAUUUGAUCUUACCAAGAUAAUGAAAUCUAUUUUAGAAUUGGCUACGGAUGCACCAGUCAAAAUCUCAGAAGCAGAGUCAGUGAGGAGGAAACUAGAAAAAGCAUUAUCAGAGAAGAGAUUUCUGCUCGUGUUAGAUGAUGUAUGGAAUGAAGAUGCAUUACAGUGGAUGGCGCUGGAAGCAGCCUUAUCAUGUGGGGCAAGAGGAAGUAAAGUUUUAUUGACUACUCGUAGUCGAGAGGUCUCUUCGAUCAUGGGCUCAUUCAAUACCCACCAAAUGCAGCAGUUGUCCCGGGAUGAUUGUUUGUCCUUGUUUCAACAAUUUGCUUUUGGAGACGAAGAACCAAAUAAGAAAUUGAUGGAAAUCGCCGGAAAGAUUGUUGAGAAAUGUGGUGGUGUGUGUUAGAAGAAGAAGAGGGAGAGAACGAGAAAUAACAUGAGAGCAAUAAAAUCUAUUGUUAAUUGAUAUUUGCCCUAAGGACAAUACAAUAUAU